AUGGACCUUAACCAACAUCUUAAAUCGUACAUAAGAGUCAAUAGUCAUUACUUUGAAGAUGAUGCGGAACAAAAUACAUGUUCCUCAAACAAUACGUUGCUAGCGCCGGAAACACAGGGAUUUUUUACGAGUUUCGUAAGACAAGAUUCAAUUGGUCAAUGCGCUACUUGGUGGGGCAUGAGCAAAGCGUGCUUUAUCGAUCUCACGAUUAAAUCGAUCAGUAUGGCGGAUACAGAAACUAAGUGAGUACUACCUACAACCCCAGAAAAAAAAAUAGUAGAAGAAGAAAAGAAUACAGUUCAAGAAGUUGAUGAGGAUUCAAAAGCAUCUGAAAAUGGAGAUGCCAAAGAAACCAAAGAAAAUGGCUCAAAUGAAGAAAAAGAGGAGUCAGAGGCUAAAGAAGCAGAAUCAACAGAAAAUGGUGAUUCAACAGAUGCUCCUGUUGAUAGCUGCUGUAUAAAGAGGAAAUCAACAGCUUUAAGUGAAACAGAAGAAACUGCUGAUGAUGAUGCAAGUCCUGAAAAGAAAACGAGACUUGAUGAGAAAUGUGCUGAAACAGAAAGCAAUGGAGAAGCAGAAGCUACGGCCUAAUAUUUUUUGUUCAUCGCAGACUUAAAUUAUAGAUGCAAUUUUAACAGCUAACUGAGAAGUCAGAACACCUAAAAUUUGUUAUCCGUGUGCAUCGUCGUAAUAGACGAGCAUUAAAAGCGAAAACUUUAAUAUUGUAUUACUGACUUUUGUGUUCAGACAUUUAUGUGUGUUUAUUGCAACCAUUUUUGUGACUCUGAUUGGCAAUAGCAUAUAUCCACAACAUCAUCAUAAAUUACUAUCUUGA